GGAGGGAAGAACGUAGCAAGUAUUACCCACCGAAAUGACGCCAUCGAACUCACGUGGCUGCAACGUCUGCUCGCCCCCCGCGGCGUACCCGAAACAUGGACCUACUUUGCGAAGAGAAUCCUGAACCACUUCCCGAAGGUUAACCCACCAAUCCCAGAAUCGGCGAGAGUCGACUUCCUCUACCAGAGGUGGGCGCCCUCGACUCGUAAACUGCCUAAACUUUUAGCUAGAAUGAUAAAGGUGGCACGAAAAUACAAGCUCACCGUUGAUGAUAUCCAGCUGAACCUCGCCACCAAGCGCGCCGUCCCCUUGUGGUACCACCUGGCGGAUGGCGAGGACAGCCGCAACAAAAAUAAUACCCCUACGGCGAAAUGCCUGCGCACACGCCACGGCCUAAUACGAGUAGGGGAGACUGUUGACUGGCUGGGACGUACAGACCCUGGCCACUCCAACUCCUGGCUGUGCUUAUGCAGCUCGUGCCUCCAUGACAGGAACGCACUUGGCUGCUCAGACCCCGCAAGAUGCCGUGAGCACGCCGACUCCCUCCUCAGGGACAUCCCCCCCAAAUGGAGCCCCUUGGUGGAGACGCACAGACGUCCGGUGCCGCCCCAACGUGUGAUCAAUUCCAUAGGCAACGCCAUCGCGGUGCUGGACACCGACACCGACCCUUCCCGCGCUGAACUAUACCGAAACGAAGUCAGAAUUUUUGCCGAAUCAGAACCCCACACAGGACCGGAAGCCACAAACCGUGUAUACACAAGCCUAGAGCCAGCCGCGACCGUGAUAAUCUGCUCGGCCGGGCGCCAAAAACUGGAAGGGGACGGCGACAACAUCCGCUCUGGGGCUGCCGUCUUCCUGGACCUUGAUCGUCAAGCGGUCAAGUACAGAUCCACGAGUAGCCUCCACGCGCCGCUCCUCGGUGAACUUAGUGCCCUGGCAGUAGCACUCACACGCGUCGAACCUGAGAAAGCCGUCCUCCUAAUGAUUGAGUCGAGGGCGGUACAUAGGGCCCUAACAACAGACCUGGAUAGGCAUGAGAAAACAGGCUGGAUAGCCAUGAUGGAUGAGGAGCGCACCAUGUUCAAGACAAUCCUUGCCGUGGCCAGAGGGAGAUCCGGUUACACCCUGGUCCAAGAACAGCGUGCGGUGCAGGCAGAACACCGCUCCCUAGUCGAGCUGACCUUCGACCUGGCAGAGGACAUAGAGGACCUCUACGAUGAUACCCCAGUGGUCGCCUGCCCACCGAGGGGGUUCUCCCUGCUUGGUAUCCCCCUCAGAGCAGGGAAGCAAAGCACCUUCUACAAGAUAAUCCAGGAUCAGCACAGACCGAGCCAGCGACGCCGGACCAACACUCAGGUAGCCCGUGUCCGUCACGCGAUAACCGAGGUCAACGGAAGUCCCCCAACAACUGAGGACAUUUGGCUCUCAACGCGAGACAAAGACUCACCUGCAACCCACAAUAACUUCACCUUCAAAAGCCUCCAUGAUGGAUUCCGUCUCGGAGACCACUGGUCCACCAUCCCUGGCUACGAAGACAGAGCCAGGUGCAAUCUGUGUGAAGGCGAGGUCGAAUCCAUGGAGCACAUCCUACUCGAGUGCCCAGGACGCCUGGCCCCAAUCCGUACGGUGUGGGGGCUGGCAAGAUCGCUCUGCGAGAUGAGAGGUAUAAUCUGGCCGGAGAUGACAUAUGGCCUCAUCCUCGGAUGCGGCCUAGUUAAACUCAAGACGCCGAAAGGCCGCCACCUGGCAGGGGCCUCGCGCCUCCUCAGGAUAGUGGUGCGAGAAUCGGCCCACCUUAUCUGGUCACUCAGAUGCGAACGGGUGAACAGAAUGGCCCAGAACCCACCCCAGGCGCACGAUACGGCCGAAGUCCGUAAUAGGUGGAUUAAACGGCUGAACCACCGCCUCACGAUGGACAGGCUCCUCACCUGCAAGUCCCGUUUCGGGACGAAGGCGCUCGACAAGAAGCUGGUGCUGAGGACUUGG